AUGUGGGUCCUAAGGUAUCGUUACGUCAAUGAUAACGGUACUUGGAUAGUUGAAUCAUGUAUUUUAAAGAGAGGAAGAAGCUAUGAUGUGGGACGAUCAACAAAGAGUCCGUUACACAUAAAAAAUGACAAAAGCAUAUCAAGGCAGCACAUUCAACUGUCAGUGAGCCAAGAUGACGACUUAACAGUAAUUAAUAUGGGAAAAGUCACCAGGCUUGGGGAUAAGUUGCUGAAAGGAGGCCAAACUGUUGUCUUUCCUCUUGGAAAGACAGCGGAACUUGAGCUGGGAAUAAAACCAAUAAAGGCAUCGAUAACCUGGCUUGAUGAAAUCUGGAAAGUACCACACGAUUUAGCAGGGGAAUCGGAGAGACUUAUUAAAGAUAUUCGAUUAGAAGGUAUUCAAAUCGGUUCGACUCUUUCUUCUAAGACUACGUUGCAGAUAAUCAAACAGAAUCAAGACUCCUACAGCAAUUGCUUGUUUUCACUAGUGAAAGGAGUUCCAAUCUUACGUGAAGGUUUUUUGGCGGAUUUUAAACACCAAAUGCUAGAUUCUGGGAGAGACUUUGAUUCCAAGUGGGAACAUCUCUUGGUAACUCAUCUUGCUUUUCCAGGUUUCAAGUCAUCGAAAGGUAUAUUUCGAGGAAUUAAUGUGAUUGUGUCGAGUGAGCGAGCCUUUACAAUUUUCAAGCAUAUAAUUGAAGUCGCCGAAGGAAGCAUCUGGCUGUGUGAUGAUAUCUUUAAUUUAGACAAGUUCAUUCAAGAGAAGGUUCGGUCAGAAAAAAUUGUGAUACUAAUUCACCUAAAUGAUGCAUACGCACCUAGCUCAAAGUCGGUCAUUGAUAACUCAAAUAAUGAAAUUGAAAAAGCUAAAUCGCUGCGUUCAAUUGCAUCGAUUUUGGGAUUCAGGUUACACGAUGUCAAUGAUGUCGUAAAUGCCGUUUUGCAAGGUGACAUGAACAACUUACUACAAAGAACGAUAUCAGGGCCAAUUACCUCAUCUUCAUUGUCUGAGUUUCGCAGAAAAAGGCAGUUGGAAGAAAUAAAUCCCGAUGUGGAAGUGGUUGCUAAAACACAGGAACGAACUGAUGAAGUUCCGACUAAGAAGCGUAGAAGGAUAAACAGAAACCAAAUCAAGCCUUUAGAUAGUUUAGCAUUCUUCGCUGGUGGUUUAAACCGUCAAAAUUCAGAUAUCUUGCAAAACACUAUAGGCAAUCAACAAAAUAAUCAGGCUAUUAGCAAUGAAGAAGCACGAGGGAUACUCAAUGGCUCAACAGCAAAUGAAUCUAUGGAUGAGAACGGUAGUAAAGCGGGCUUUGCGAGCUCUCUUGCAGGCAAUUCGCCUAAUGAUUCUAACGAUACAACCAAUAUAAGUUCAAAAAUAAUAACGCCAGCAAAAAACAUGUCUGUCGAUCAGCAAAAGACAGGCGAGAAAAGCCCACUUGAGCAAAAUUCAAUACUCAAGAGACCGCUGGGUCUUGAUAUUCAACCACAAGAAUCUCUGGUACCACCACUUAAGAGAAGAAACAAUGGUGAUGUUUCAGGCAACGCCAAUCAAAUUGCUGUCGCCCAACUACAUUCUGAGAAUAAAACUCCAAGUCCAUCCGAAGAUCUUCGACAGUCGAAUUCCAAUGCGAAUAUGGGAAAAUCACCAACUCCCAAUAUAAUCACUCGGCUCAGCAGUCAGGAUUUGGAUAAAAGUCCUCAGCAUUUGCUUGUAGAAGCAAUACAAAAGACAAAAUCGCAAGAGGUGAAUCGGUUAAAAGAAGCGUUUACAGAGAUUAAAGAUGAGGAAUUGACCCAGGACGCUAUCGAUCAACUUACUAAUUUAGCAAUUAUUGAGCAUAGGGAAUUGUUGAGGAGUCAGUCUAAGGAGAAAGAGAUUGCUCAAUUCACAGUAGAUCCUCAAUGGGCUGGUCGCAAAAAUUUCAAGAAGUUCGUCAAAGUAUGGCCCAAACGCUCACAUGUGGAUUCACGAGAGGGUUCUGUUGAAUCUUUGAGGAAUCAGACAUAUUUGAUAACAAGGGACUACGUGGAUUUUCAGCCCUACAAUCCGCAUGCAAGUCGUGUGGAAGAUGAGAGUUUUGAGCAAGAGAAAUAUCCGCCGACACGCAUUCACGAGGAAUCAAGUGACAAUGAAGAUGCCAAUAAGCACUCUUUCAGAUUUCAAGCCUCAAAUAUGCGGCAUAAUUCUCGCUCCAAUGAUCAAAUUCAGGAAGGUGAUGGGCAUUUAACUUCAACCUCUACAAAUGCAGCAGGACUCUUUGUCAUCGAUGAUGAAGACUCUCAACUAUCGGAAAGAAAUUAUCUGAACGAUGGAUCGUUUAUGGGUCAAAAUGAACAUGCGGCCCAAAUGUCCAGCCAAGAGCGAAAUUUCCCGAAGAGCAAUGCAGCGAUGGUACAAGCUAAGUGGCAACAGUCUUCCAAUGCGCAUACUGGUUAUGGGGGGAAUGGUUUUGAUGGCCACCGCAUUAGUAGUGAUGACGAUGAAGAGGACGAUGACGACGAGCCCCAAUUUCGAUUCAAUUCAAGACGAUAA